AUGCUGAUUGAAGGUACCCCAGUGGAGAAGCUAUGCUGGUCCUUUAAACUCCACGAUAAAGACAGAAAUGGAGCCAUAUUGCGGGGAGAGAUGCUGGAGAUCAUGGAGGUACGUCCUAACCAUAUAGAUAUUAUAUAAUACGUUAUAUUUCAUUGUCAUCCCAAGGGGUAGGUGCAAUGCUAGGACACAUUAUGAGGAUGCAAAUUGAACAAUGUUACUGUUCUUUGCCUUGCUCAAACGUCCUUGCUCAAGAUCAGAUCACUUCUCAGAGGAAUUCAAUAUCAUUGAAUCAUUAGUGGAAUUUGUGUGGGUGCUAUGGGAGGAUGGGAGCCUACUGGCGCUGUGUUGCAGUGGCGCUUGCCCCAGCUGCAUUUGUAGCGGACGUUACUGUGCUUGUUAUUCACUAGAUGGUGCUAAAUGUCCAAUUUCACAACAAAGUAUAUGGUCUCUGAUUACACAGGCUGUGUACAAGAUGAGUGUGGCAGCCUUGUUCACCAAGCCAAACCCACUUACAGCUGAGGAGUGCACCAACAGAAUAUUUGUAAGAUUGGAUAAAGACAAAAAUGGUAAGGAUCGCACAGAAACCAUUUCAAAACAAACGUAAUCCUAAUUUAAGGUUACAAAACCUACAGCAUCCCAGUCACCUGGUUACCUAUUGCUGCAGUCCCUCUUCCUCUAUUGUAAUCAUCCAGCCCUGCCUUGAACUGUAUUUUCUGGGAUUUGUGAUUGUAACUAAAUAUUGUGAGUGUACAGCCAAUACAAGGCUGUAAACAUAAUUUGGAUCAUUCUAUUGUAUUCUAUUUUAUUCUAUAUCAUUAUUCUAUUCAGCCAUCAGCCUGGAGGAGUUCAUCGAGGGGGCCCUGGAUGAUGAGUGGAUCACGGAGAUGCUGGAGUGUGACCCCAACACUGAAUGUGGAAAGAACCCCCAAGGGCCACAUCACGCUUGA